AUGACGCAAUUUGUUGAAAGAGCUCAUCAGUCAGCAGAACAAAUCGCAACAAGAAAUGCAGCUCAAAGAAUCAGGACAGCAGAGGGUCUUGCACAAGAAUCUCAAGAACAGCAUGACGAACGUCUACGACAGACUAUUACGAGAACAAGAGUGGCACGAGAACGAACCAUAGCUACAGCACGAGUACAAGAACGACAGAGGCAGCAGACUAGCCGCUCGUUAAUACGUGCAUCAUUUGUUCGUCUUCCUUUCGAAUAUGCACCAGAUAUUAACUACUCUGCGCAUCUAAAAAUUGUUAUUGGUGCAAUGUAUAAAGUAUGUCAAUAUUGUCAGGCAUUGAAUUUUCGGAAUGAAACACCCGGCAUGUUCUGUGCAUCAGGGAAAGUUGUGCUGUCACCUCUACCCACUCUGCCGGAACCUUUAUUAUCCCUUCUUGCUGGCGAGUCAGACGAUUCAAAAUUAUUUUUGCGUAAGAUACGCAAAUUUAAUUAUUGCUUCCAAAUGACGUCAUUUGGGACAACUAAAAUUUGCGAUCUCUCAUCCAAUGGGCAUAAUUUUGAAACUACAUUCAAAGUACAAGGCCAGGUGUACCAUAAAAUCGGAUCAUUGUUGCCAAUGCCUGAUGAUGAUCCGAAAUUUCUUCAAAUUUAUUUUAUGGGCAAUUGUGAAGAGCGAGUGACAACUCUGUGCCAGUAUAAUUUCAUUGAACAAGUAGAGGAAAGAGCAAUAGUGAUAUUGCUGGAAAAUUUUUUAGACGAUCAGAAUCAACUAAUUCGAUUGUUUAAAAGAUUUUCGCCACGAUUUCAAAAUGACAACUAUCAAAUCGUCAUAAAAGCAGACAAAGUACCUUUAGGUGAACAUGCUGGCAGAUUCAACACUCCAACUGUUGAUGAGGUUGCCGUUAUUAUGGUUGGCGAUCCAGUUGACAAAAGAGCUAUAAAAAUUACAGGGCGAGACAACAUUGUCAGUGCUAAAGGAGAUAAAAAAGUUAAUUCAAUGAACUACUAUGCACACAGAUUGAUGGUUAGACUAAAUCAGAAUAACUAUAUCCUUCGAUAUCGUCAGCUAUUCCAUCAAUACAUUGUUGAUAUGUAUGCUAAGGUUGAAAGCGAACGAUUGUGGUUCAUUCGAUACAACCAGGCUAAAUUACGAUCGGAAGAAUACAUUCACUUACGAGAUGCUGUUGUUGGAAAUAUCGACAGAAAUUUAAACCCCAAUGACAUCGGUAAUGCUUUCAUUUUACCUUCAAGCUACAUCGGCAGUCCAUGGAACAUGCAGGAAUACAUACAAGAUGCAAUGACUUACGUACGUCAUUACGGCCUAUCAGAUUUGUUCAUUACAUUCACAUGUAAUCCGAAUUGGAAAGAGAUAUAA